AGAUGUUACAGAAGAGGAAACCUGCAACGUAUUCCCAUAAAUCUCCUCCUGCAAAUUCACAGAAAGUCAUCUUUUGUAUAGUACGACUCAUCUACCAGACGUAACACCGGAUAAUAUAAGCAAUGCACAGUUAGACUGAAAAGACAUGUUUCGAUAUUUUGGACUAUAAGGUCUCUGACUCUCGCCUAGAGGUUGUUUUGGGGGGUGGUUCCACUUCUCCACACUCUGUCUGUUGCCCAAACUGUACGGAAGACAAACUGCAUGCUGACUAGAUAAGAAAGAAAUGUUCUUCAUCAUUCUGGGUUUGAUGGUGACCCAUUCUGCUCAGCUCCAGGAGACGGUUGCCAACCGCUGUGAUGAGCUGAGCACUGAGCAUUUUUAUACACAGUGCACUUCAUGUGCUGCAUCUCCCAGCAUGCUUUGCCCUAGUGGCUCCAGAAAGAUCACCAUGGACAUGGGAAUCAAAGAUUGCAGUUAUGGUGUUCAAAUUGGCAAUCGGAUGGUUUUCCUGUCUGGUUGCCGACACUCCUGCGAGAGCAAGGUCACGGACCGCAGAUGCUGUUCCAACUUUUGGGGUCCUCUCUGUCUUCCAUGUCCUAGCAUUUCCGGUAGGAUGUGUAACUGGUUUGGCUCAUGCAUGGAUGGGAUCACAGGAAAUGGAACCUGCGUUUGUAAUGAAGGAGUAACUGGCUUCGCAUGCGAACACUGUAAGAAGAAAGAUGUCUAUGGUUCCCAGUGUGCCUCUGAGUGCACCUGUUCCAAUAAAGGGCAAUGCAACUCCGGUCCCAAUGGAGAUGGACAGUGUUACUGCCAGCCUCCAUACACUGGACCUAAAUGUCAGGAAGUGAGCCAAUCCUGCACAAACUGUACAGCUUACUCUUACUGCAAAGGCAAUGGUGCAAGUGCAACGUGCGAAUGCCUCCCUGGGUUUAAGAGGACUGGCACCACCUGUUCAGGGGAUGUGUGCUCUACUGAUGUGUGUCACCCUAAUGCUGAGUGUACAAACCUGGAAGGGAAGAAUUACCAGUGUACAUGUAAAGAUGGUUACCAAGGAGAUGGAAAGCUUUGUACCCCUAUCAAUCCAUGUGACAUGAACAAUGGAGGCUGCCCUACCAAUUCCACCAACUGUGUCUAUGUCAGCCCUGCAAAGUCUCGAUGUGAAUGUAAAAGCGGAAUGGAGGGCUCCUCUCCCUCGCAGGGCUGCAGGCCAAAGAAAGUCUGCGAAGGCAGCACAUGUCACAGUACUGCCAAGUGCCAGAUCGGUCCAGAUGCUAUCCCCAUAUGCUCUUGUGCUAAGGAGCAAAUUGGCGAUGGCAGUCGUUGCUAUGGCAACGUCAUGGAGAGGAUCUUGGAGCUGGACAGAGGCGAAACCCUGAAAGGAAAACUCUCUGCCUCCGUCGCCACAUUCGAGAAUGGAUGCCAGCUCAUACUGACGAAACAUGGACCAUUCACUGCCUUCAUUCCACUUCUCAGCUCAUCACCUACACAGGAUGUCCCAGAUGCUGUCUUCUGCAAGAACCACGUAAUUCUUGGGCAGUAUCUCAUGAGUGAAUUGCAAAGCAAGGACUACUGGCUGCUUUCCGGAAAAUCUAUUCAUUUCCAGGACAACAAGAAAUUCACCAUCGCGCAGGCUUCAUUCCAAGAUUUCAGUGUUGUGCAAAGUGACAUACCGGCAGCCAAUGGGAUUAUCCAUAUCAUUGACAAGCCAAUCAUCAAAUCAUACCCAAACAGGAAUAUUGAUGAGAAGUAUGCUAAGAUGAACAUCGGGAGUAUUCUUGCUUCAGAAAAUGAUUUCAAUCGUUUUCAGUCAUUAGUAGAUAACUGUGGCACAGAUAUGUCAUUAAAGGGUCCUGGGCCGCUCACCGUGUUUGUCCCCACAAAUGAGGCUGUGGACCGUGCCAGGGAUGGGAGUUUCACAUACAUGCUGUCACAGGCCAAAGACAAGCUUCAGAAGCUUUUGAAGCAUCACAUCUUCUCCAUGGCAGCGGUUACAGUGGAACAGCUGGCUUCCAUGACAGAAUUCCAGACCAUGGCCCAUGAGACCAUCACAGUUAACAUUGCCAGGGAUGCAAGAAUCUUGCUGACUGAAAAGGAGAUCAAUUUAGAUUACAGGGAAAUUGUAGCAUCAAAUGGAAUCAUCCAUGUCAUUGACGGAGUCUUCAUCCCUCCGUCCAUCGUCCCUAUUUUACCACACAGGUGUGAUAAGAAUGAGAGUCAAAUACUUGAGGGAAUCUGUACAAGAUGCAGUCACCUGCAUGAGACUCACUGCCCAUCUGGAAGCACUGAACUGACGACUUAUCGAAGGGACUGUGAAUACUCAACCUCUUCUGACUUCACCGUCCUCAGCAGUGGCGGUUGUGCUAAAUACUGCAAUAUGACUCGAGUGCAACCAGAGUGCUGCCCGGGGUUCUACGGACCUGACUGUAAACCUUGCAUCGGUGGUUUUGAAACCCCUUGUUACGACAAAGGCAAGUGCGACGAUGGCAUUAAUGGCGAUGGCUCCUGCAAAUGCAUCCCCGGCUUCACAGGAAUUGCUUGCCACCUCUGCUCUGACCCGGGAAAACAUGGAGAGAACUGUAAUGAAGACUGCCGAUGCGCGCAUGGAGAUUGUGACAACAGGCCGAGCAGCAAUGGGGUGUGUCGGGCAGGGUCCUGCCAGGAGGGUUACCACGGUGACUUCUGUGAGAAGGAGCUCACGCAAUGCUCUGCCACAUGUCACCCCAAUGGUUAUUGCAAUCGUUUCAAGAAUGGGACAUCAAGUUGCGUCUGUGAACCAGGGUUUGACGGCGAUGGAUACUCCUGCCUCCCUAGCAACCCUUGCCUCAAACCUGAGAGGGGCGGCUGUAAUCUAAAUGCCCAGUGUGUACAUGUUGGCCCAGGGAACACCUCCUGUAUUUGCAAUAAAGGCUGGACGGGCGACGGGCUGGUCUGCGCUGAAAUAAACAAUUGCCUCCUGGACGGCAGAGGGGGCUGCUCUCCCCAGGCGGACUGCAAGCCCACCGGCCCCGGUCAGAACAAGUGCACAUGUAAGUCUGGCUAUAUGGGAGAUGGGCGCAAAUGUGACUUGAUCAACCCCUGCCGCACGAACAAUGGAGGCUGCCAUAACCUGGCCACCUGCAAACUGCAGUCGAAUGGGACAGCCGUGUGUUCCUGUCCUCCUGGCUUCUCUGGGAAUGGAAAAGUGUGCUAUGGUGACUUAUUUAUGGAAUUCGUUUGGAGGACAGAAUUUGUUCAUUUUUACAACUUGAUACAGAAAUCCACUGCUUUUGAUACCCUGGAAAACGUAACGGCACUGGUGCCUUCAUACAGGGCUUUUCGGAGUUUAAGCAAAGCAGAGGCAGACUUUUGGCUUGACCCAUUCAGACUUCCAUUCUUUCUUAAGGUGCACUUUUUAGACGGUGUAUUUACCCUUGAGGACAUGGAGCAGAGAGUCAACACGAAAUUAUCAACACUUAACGAAAAAACUAAAUGGGAAAUAAAGAAUAAAAGCGGGGAGAUCAUGGUGGAGAAUGCCACUAUUGUCGCACCAGACAUAAAAGCCACGAAUGGAUUUAUUCACAUCAUUGAUAUGGUAUUAAGACCCCCCCUGUCAGACAUCCCACCGAACCCCCCCGGCUUGAUGGAGUUUUUUAACAGUACCCCAGAAUUUAGCCUCUUCCAACAAGCAAUUGUGUUUCACAACCUGAUAAAUGUAAUUCAUGAGAAAAAAUACACCAUCCUCAUACCAACAAAUGAAGCCAUCAAACAGUAUUUCAACAGUACAAAUGUCACGCAAAUGGAUUUAGACUUGGUUAAAUACCAUGUUAUUGUCGAUGCUGUACUUACACCGAAGGAUCUGAAAAAUGGCCUCAUGAAAUCUACGCUGCUGGGCUCCACCUAUCAAAUGAUGUUUCACGCUAAUGAUCAAGGCGAGAUUUUCGCAAAUGACGUUCUUCUCAAUGGAAGCUUCAAUGCAACCAAAGAUGGAAUUGUCACGGGCAUUCCUCACGUUUUAGAAAUUCACAAAAACUACUGUAACAAGGAGGUUUCCAUAAAAACCAAGGGAAAGUGUGGCGCUUGUGAUGAGAAACCCAAGUGUGCAUUCUUCAAAGACAAACCGCUGAAUACAAAGUUUCCUUCCAACAUGAAACCCAACUGCAAAUACACGCCCCGAGGCCCAUUCAAGAGAAUAUCCGUUGCAGGCUGUAUCAUGGACUGCCUGAAGACAACUGUGGAUCAUUCUUGCUGUUCUGGGUACUUUGGUCCCACGUGCCUGAAAUGCCCAGGAAAGGUGGAGAAGUGGUGUUCUAACCAGGGCAAAUGCCUAGAUGGGCUCUAUGGCAGUGGCAAGUGCGAGUGUGAUGAGGGGUUUAACGGCACCGCCUGCGAGACAUGCAAGCCAGAGAGAUAUGGCUCAGACUGCAGAUCAGUAUGUCAGUGUGAUCAUGGCCGGUGUCAGGACGGCAUCAGUGGGGAUGGGCGUUGUUUGUGCCAUAAAGGUUGGAAAGGGCCCUCAUGUUCUGUAGAAAUCAAGAAUGAUGAAUGUGGUGGCACCUGUGAUCAGUUUGCAAACUGUAUCACGGGAGUACCAGGAACAGCUCCUACUUGCUCCUGUAUCGCUGGUUACCAAGGUAACGGAACAUCUUGCAAAGAGAUCAAUCCGUGCGACAGCAACAAUGGCGGCUGCUCAGAAUUUGCGAACUGCACCAAGACAUCUCCAGGGGAAAGGGUCUGCAUGUGCCAGGCAGGCUACACAGGAGAUGGCCUUGUGUGCCUGGAAGUUGACCCAUGCUCAGAAAACAAUGGAGGGUGCACCGAAAAAGCUGACUGCGUUAAAACUGGCCCUGGCCAAGCAGCAUGCAUUUGCAAAGCGGGCUACAGUGGAAAUGGGCGUUACUGCUUCCCAGUGAAUCCCUGCAGACUGGGAAAUGGGGGCUGUGAUAGGAAUGCCUGGUGCGAGUACUCAGGCCCUGGGGAGAGGAACUGCAAGUGUCGAAUCAACUUUAUAGGAGAUGGUUUAACCUGCAAAGGGAGCGUCUUUUACGAAAUCAUGCAUCACCCAGCUGCAUCCUGGUUCAACAGGAAACUGAUGUUUUCUAAGAUCAAUGAAUUAUCAGGAAGUGGACCUUUCACAGUGUUUGUCCCAUCUGGAUAUUUCAGUGACAAUUUUACGGCAGCUUGGGACAAUGCCAGUCGAAUUGCAGACCUGCUGAGGUACCACAUCGUGAGCUGUGAGCAACUGGAUGUGUCCAGUCUCAAGUCGAUCGACAAGGUGGUCGCUGUUUCUGGACACGAGCUGACUUUCAAUGUCCGAGAGGAUGCUGUUUACAUCAACAACAAAACAAAAAUCAUCACCAGCGACUACGUCACCGCUAACGGCGUCAUACAUUUCAUUGACAAUGUCCUGAUCCCUUAUGACCUUCAGAACAAAAGCGCUUUGCCAUCUUCGUCUUUGAACUUCACAGCUGCAGCAGAGGCCUAUGGGUAUCACAUCUUCAGUAAACUGCUCCAGGAUGCUGGUUUGAUGAGCAUGAUCGAGAAUCGAAUACACCACCCAUUCACGAUGCUCUGGCCAUCUGACGAAGUCUUCAAUUCCUUUCCUGAAGAACGGAAAUUAUGGCUGUACAGUGCCGACCAUAAGGACAAACUAACCGCUUACCUGAAAGCUCAUAUCAUCCGUGGCACCAAACUCAAAGCAGUGAAUCUCCCCAGUGAUGACAGUGUCAGGACCAUGUAUGGUUCAACUAUUACUUUCAGCUGUGACAGACAGUUAAUUGGAGGCAUUGUGGUUGACAAUGGAAAUGCCAAAAUAAUCAGUCGGAACCUGGAAUUUGAUGUGGGAAUCGCCCAUGGCAUCGACGAGCUCCUUGAGCCUCCCGAUGUGGGAGCACGCUGUGACACCUUCAAAGAGACAAAGGUCAUGGGUAGGUGCGGGAGCUGUUCGUUAAUACCUUCCUGUCCAUACGGAUUCACAUUCCUUAGCAACACGAAGAUGUGCCUGUAUGACAGGUUCUCGAGGCUGCCGAUGUAUUCCAGAUAUCGUUACGGCAGGCCCAGCUAUGAUCUAUACCAUGGGCUUAAUAUUAGAAAGCAGCUGGGCUGCAACAGGGAAUGUGGGAAGUCAGACUGGGCUCCCCAGUGUUGCAAAAACCACUAUGGAAGAAACUGUCAAGUGUGUCCUGGGGGGUUGGAGGCUCCCUGUGGGAACCAUGGAGCCUGUGAUGAUGGCUGGCAGGGCACUGGGAACUGCACCUGCGAUGCUGGCUUUAGUGGCACUGCCUGUGAGCUGUGUGUACCAAACCACUAUGGUCCCGACUGCAGAGAGUGCGCCUGUACGGUUCACGGCGAAUGUCGGGAUGGCAUGCAGGGAAGUGGGAGCUGCUUCUGCCACCAAGGCUGGACUGGGGCGCACUGUGAGGUUGAGAUGGAAAUGAAACCUGUUUGCACGCCAGAAUGUCACCCCAAUGCAGUGUGUCGACCCCAAAAUACAUGCCAGUGUGACUUAUUGUACGAAGGGGAUGGCUGGAACUGCACUGCCCUUGAUCUGUGCAGUGACCAUAACGGCGGCUGUCACAUGUAUGCAAACUGCACCCAGACCGGCGUCAAUGUCAGCUGCUCAUGCCGGUCUGGCUACACCGGUGAUGGGGUCUUCUGCUCCGCCAUCAACAGAUGUCUCGUGGAGGAAAACGGUGGCUGCAGUGAAUUCGCCACGUGCAUAUUUACUGGUCCAAAUGAAAGGAAUUGUGAGUGUCUUCCUGGCUUCGUCGGAAAUGGCAUCCAGUGCUUGGAGCAGAUGGUGCCCCCUAUUGACCGCUGCCUGGAAGACAAUGGGGGCUGUGACCCAAAAGCAGACUGCACGGACUUGCACUUCCACGAAAACACUGCGGGGGUGUUUCAUCUGAGAUCACCUGCGGGAAAGUACAAGAUGAACUACACAGACGCCAAAGCGGCGUGUGAAGAUGAGGGAGCCGCCUUGGCCACCCUCUCCCAGCUGUCGGCUGCUCAACAGCUCGGGAUGCACUUGUGUGUGGCCGGAUGGAUGAAUGGCACUCAGCUCGGCUACCCCAUCACGUCCCCUUCCCCUAAAUGUGGUGACAAUCACGUGGGCAUUGUCCUGUACAGCAAUCCGACUGCGACCAGCAAAUAUGAUGCAUACUGCUACCGGAUGAAAGAUGUGUCCUGCGAGUGUGGCUCACAAUACAUAGGAGAUGGGUACAGUUGUAAUGGAGACCUGGCAAGCGUUGUGGCCACAAAUGCGAAUUUCUCUACGUUCUAUUCUAUAUUGCUGAACUACUCAAAUUCUGCGGAGGGACAGGACCUCUUGACUCUGCUGUCAGGCAACGGAACGCUUGUAACACUGUUUGUGCCACACAAUUCAGGAUUUUAUAAUGAGACUUUGUCAUUGAGAGAUUUGGAGUAUCAUAUCUCUGCAAACGACAGCAUUCACUUGUACAAUGAGCUGAAGCACAAUGACAUUAUCGCUUCUCGACUGGGCUACAAUCUCACAGUAGUGGUGUCUUCUUUCACGGCAUCCCAAGACACCAAACUGGUAAACGAGAGGCUGAUAGUGGACUGGGAUAUCCUAGCGAUCAAUGGAAUCAUCCAUGUCCUCGAUGGACCCUUAAAAGCUCCACCUCCCCCAGUGUUGCCCCACCUUCCUCUUGCCUCCCACUACACGUCAAAGAAGGCAAUAUUAGCGUCUGUCUUCGCGAUAUGCCUUGUGGUCCUGGCUGCCGGAUUGGGUUACUACAUCUUCAGACAGAAGAAUGACCCAUUCCGCUUUCAGUACUUUAAGGACUAUGCAGAGGAGGAUACAGCAGCCGGAUGUGAAUGCAGCCCAACCCUGAUGUCGAUUCCUAACCCGCUGUACAGUGGCCAAAAUGCGUUCAUCGAACCCUUUGAUGUCAGCGAGGAUACAGAGUUUCAUUAAAGCAUUUUAUUCCCAAUACCUCAGUUAGCUUCUGCUCUGAAUAAAUACUUGUAAAAUGUGAAAAGAGCUUUUACACAUCCUGUAAUAACAUUUAUUAUUCUUAGUAUUGUUUACAAUUGGUUGACAUGUAACUAUUCAAAUAAUGAAAUGCUGAAAUUUCAUUUUUCAUAAUUACAUAACUGAUGAUUGAUUGUAUGAGGAACAAAAUGUUCUGCUAUAAAACAAACAAAAUUGCACAUAAAUGAAUGAAAAUGGCAUUAAAACAAGCAGAGCGGUGUGGUGGCACUGGCCAGUGAACAUAACAUCAAAAUGGUGUUCUUUGUAUGAUUAUAAGCUACAUGACAGGCAGUGAUGAAAUGGAUAGUGUGGAAUAACAGAACUGAAAGGUCAGUUGUAGAACCAUACAAGAGUUACAUUUUUUUCUGAUAAUUAUGCAUUUUGUCAAGCUGGCAUGUGCACAGAUGUGACACAAUUAAACCACCCUGCAAAUUUGUAAAAAGAAACAAGGAAACUGUGUUGCAAAGAUAAUGCCAAGUGAAGUGGUGCUUGAUACAGAUAGUCCUGCAAAGCCCAAUACAUACAGAGCCUGGAUACUAUGUAGUCUAAAUGCAGCCAGGGCUUCUUAAAAUAUAAAUGGGAAAAGAAACACCAUAUGGUACACACUCCCCCAUGAUCACCAUGAUUCAGUAAAACACAGACACACACUUCACUACCACGGCUCAACCCAACCCACGGGCCCAAACCCCCAUGAGUAUUGCAGAAGACAUCCGAUUCCAAACAUCAUUCCAAGGACCUGUAACACAAAGCAGGAUUUCUUGAUUACAACGGGUAACUUUGCAGAUUUAAGGUUACCCAUUUUAAAUUGACUUCAUCUUCAUUCAUUUACAUUUAAACUCCCUUAAACUCAACAAGAUAUGUGGCUAAGCAAGGAAUCCUGGGGCCUGCAUUGUUCUUUGUACAUGGAUUAACGAGUUCUUUGGAUUUAACUGUUGACGAUUUGACAAAAUCCCAGAUUUCUCAAUUCUUCGAAACUCUUGUUGGCUUGAUUGUCACAGCGAUCAGUCCACAAGCUCAAGUCUGUUCGGAGCAGGGGGCUUUCCACGAAGUCGGAUUCCUCAUUUAGCUCUGUUAAUUUAAGUUAGACGUCGUGAUUGUCCAAUUGGAAUGCUCCUUACCUGAACUCUUAUUGGACAAUGUGUGUGUGUCUCCAUAUUUCCCAGGGUCAGUUGUCCCCGGCUCUGGGUCAAGGGGGGCCCUCUAACCUUUAAAUAAUCUGCUGGAAUUAUUUGUCAAACAUACAUACCCUGCAUUUGUUUUCUAUCAAAGACCUGGCUAUUAAAUCUCCUAUCAUUUUCUCUUUUUCAUUUUUCUCUCCUUUUAUGAGCAGCUGACUUUUGACAACUUGCAAUUUUGACAGUUGACUGAAGUGAGGGGGCUAAAUGUUAUGCUUUUGAGUUUACGCGCAUGACAGACCAAACCAUUUUUUGUGUUAUAUGGAAGGAAAGUUAAAUGGUUUUCAAACACUAUGUCAAGGAAAAUUAAGAAGAUAAAAAUGACAGGCUUUUAUGUGAUCCAUAACUACUAACAAAUAUGCUAUAUGGACAAAUGUAUUGGCUAUUACAUCUACAGGAAUUUUAAUGACAUCCCAUUCUAAAUCCAUAGGCAUCAAUAUGCAGUUGGUCUCCCUUUGCAGCUAUAACAGCUGCCACUUGUCUGGGAAGGCUUUCCACAAGAUUGUGGAGUGUGUCUCUGGGAAUUUUUGCCCGUUCAUCCAGAAUAGCAUUUGUGAGGUCAGGCACUAAUGCUGCAUGUGAAGGCCUGGAUCAUAAUCUCCAUUCAAGUUCAUCUCAAAAGUGUUUGAUGCAAGUGUUUGCAUCUCGAACCCUUUCACUAUGCGUGCUUAAUCUUAUCAAUAUUUACGAGUGGUGAUCUCUGCUAUAAUGAAAAAUUGAUUCAGCAUUUUGAAUUGAUAGCAAUUCUUACACAUCCCUUGGUGCUCCUGAUUAAUUUAUGGGCAAAUUUAAAUAAAUAUUUUAAUGUUCACAUAGCUGGUGGUGAAUGGGUGUAGUGCAAUUAUUAAUAAAGAUGUAUAGAAAUACAUAAUCUGAAAAUCAUGUGGCGUGCAUUAUCCCCCAUAGUCCAUUGCUUAAACCAUACUUUAUUGAACAUGAAUAUGUUUGUGUCAGUUAGUUGUAUGGUUAUUAGUCCAUUUAUUUUAUACCUUUUCACUUGUGUACAUUGUGUACAUGGUUGUCUCUAAAAACUUUUGUUGUCUUCACUGGCCACAUACCCAUGCUUUGUAUGUGUGUGUGUG